GCUAUCCGGCCAUGGUCGAACCCGAGGGCGACGUGCGGGCCUUCCUGCGCCAGCACCCGAGCCUGCGGCUGCAGCCGGGCGCCCGCAAGGUGAGGUGCUCGCUGACCGGCCACGAGCUGCCCUGCCGCCUGCCCGAGCUCCAGGUCUACACCCGCGGCAAGAAGUACCAGCGGCUAAUCCGCGCUUCCGCGGCCUUCGACUACGCCGAGUUUGAGCCGCACAUCGUGCCCAGCACCAAGAACCCGCACCAGUUGUUUUGCAAACUCACCCUGCGGCACAUCAAUAAGUCCCCCGAGCACGUGCUCAGGCAUACCCAGGGCCAGCGGUACCAGAAGGCGCUACGGAAAUAUGAAGAGUGUCAGAAGCAAGGGCUGGAGUUUGUCCCUGCCUGUCUGCUACACGGGAGGAAAAGGAGGGAAGACCAGAGGGACGGAGAAGGGAGGCUGCGCCCAAGAGAAGCCUUCUGGGAGCCCACAUCCAGUGAUGAUGGGGGUGCCCUGAGUGAUGACAGCAUGACAGACCUGUACCCACCUGAGCUGUUCACCAGGAAGGACCUGGGAGGGACUGAGAACAGGGAUGGCACUGACAUUUCAACAGAUGAAGAGGACGAGAAGCCUAGGCCCCCAUGUGAGAAGAGUGCUGGCACCCACAAGGAGAUGGAAGGGGCCCGGAAGCGUCGGAAGAAGCAGCCAGGCAACCUGAAAAAGAAGUUCAAGAGUCAUCACCGAAAACCUAAGAGCUUUGGCUCUUUUAAACCGUCAGGUUAAUAAAAGGUGCUGAGAGCCUCAGCCCCUCCUCCUCGGG